AUGAUGAGUUUGUGAGAAGAAAGCAAAGAGAGAAUAAUUGUUUGUUACUUAAAUAAAAAGAGUAAAGAGUAGAGAUGGAAAUGAGGUGCACGUGUUGAAUUGAGUAGAGGGAAAGGGCAUAGCAUAGCAGGGGUAAGGUAAGGGGCAUCUUAAAAUUGACUGCAUUAUUAUUAUUGAUUGCUGGCUGAUGAUGAUAUAUGACAUUUGUAUAUAAAUAAGGAAAAAGAAUCAACAAUGAUUUUAAAAUGAAUUAAAUGUUGCAACUUUACUAAUACUAAUACUAAUAAUAAUAUAUUUUAAGAAUUCCAUUGAAGGCUUCAAAUCCGUGUUGAGAGACCAAUAAGUUCAUACCAUACCAUAUAGGAGUGGUUGUGGCUCUGGUUUUGGGUGUGGUUGUGGUUGUGGUUGAGGGAGACACUUGGAAGCUUCAUCGGAGAGGAUUUGUGUCAGAUUCUGCCUUCAAAUCUAACAGACUAAGAGACGAGAUCACACAUUUCAAUUGCACGCACCUUCUUCUUUCUUCCUCUUCCUAAUCCUAAUCCAAAAACUACUCUCUUCUUUAUUAUAUCCUUACUACUAUAUAUAUAUAUAUAUAUAUAGAGAGAGAGAGAGAGAGAGGGAGAGAUCUUAGUUGGACUCGGUACUACGGAUCGAUUAAAAGUAGUAUUGUCUGAUCAUAUUAACUUAACUCCUAUGGGGUUUGAAUUCCUCAAGUUCGAUUGUCUCGGAUUGACCCGAACCAAUAAACGCAAACAAAUACAUAAUAAUAAUAAUAAUUAUAGUAUCGACACUGCUACUGCUACUGAGAAAGAUGAUGAUAUCGUCAUAAUGGAAGACCAGGCUUGUACAAUUGUCAAAUUCAGCUGGGAUGAAAUUAAGAGGUUCACCAUGAAUUUUUCCACCUCUAGAGUUAUUGGAUCUGGUGGUUUUAGUACUGUUUACUUUGCUGAUCUCACCUCAUCAUCAUCAUCAUCUACAACAAGUACUAGUAAAUCUCAUCAUCAUCAUCAUCAAUUUGCCUCUGUAAAGAUGAGUAACGGCAGCCGUAGCGUUUUCAAACAGGAAUUAGACAUCUUAUUCCGCCUUCACCAUCGCAACAUCGUUAACCUAAUCGGAUAUUGUGACGAUCCAGAGGACGAGAUAGGCGGUGGUGGCGCCCUUGUAUUGGAAUACGUCUCCAACGGCAGCUUACAAGAGAAGCUCCAUGGAAAUGAGAAUGAAAAGACGUUAAUACCCUGGAGAAAGCGAAUGGCCAUAGCAGCUCAGCUUGCUGAGGCAUUAGAAUACCUUCACGACAAGUGCGAUACCAGUUUACCAGUCGUUCAUGGCGACAUCAAAGCUUCCAAUGUCCUUCUGGACCAUAAUCUGAAUGUGAAGCUGUGUGAUUUUGGGUCUGCGAAGAUGGGGUUUUCAUCUACUGUAGUACUCAACAGCAGCACGAGAAGUAAUCGGCCACGAGUGUUGAUGGGUUCCCCUGGCUACACAGACCCUCAUUAUCUGAGAACAGGGAUACCUUCGAAGAAGAACGACGUGUAUAGUUUGGGAGUCAUAGUUCUGGAGCUCAUCACUGGAAUGGAGCCAUUCUCCUCGGAGAGACCGACACAGCUGUUGACGUCUUUGCUGGGACCUAUGCUGAAUAAUGGUGAUGUUGAAGAGGUUAGUGGAGUGGUGGACCCCUGCCUUGGCGGAGAGUUUGACCCAGAAGAGGCCAAAGCCAUGCUUUCAUUGGCGGCUCAGUGCCUGCGUCACCCGCCCACUCUCAGGCCUUCCGCCGCUCAGAUAUUGGAAACAAUAAACAAUCAUAUUCCCAUUUACAUGAGGAUCACAAACACCAAAUCUUGAACAUAAAAUAUAAGUUAUUGAAUUAUUAUUCACCAUUUCUGCUCUGCUCUUGAGUUGAAUUGAACCCUUCAAAGUUAUUUUUACCAUUUUCUUCUUUUUAUACUUGUAUAAUUGUAUUGUAUACACAGUUACACACAUCCACAUGUUCAAUUUAAGUGGCACUUGUAAAUAAUUUUAGAGCUUAGGAUGCUUGGUGUGUCAAAGACUUAUUUUUAUGUAUUGUUGGGAGUGACAAAACAAUAGUAGGUAAGGUACGUUUUGUUUU